AUGGCACCCAGCACUGUGUCCCUCCAUUGCCUGAACAAUGCUGUCUAUAGAGGAGAAGGGGUCUGUUGGGGAGGGAUUUGGUUUGCGCCGGGCUGGGGUUUGCUGCGGCUUGCUGCAGCGUGGCCGGUGGGUGCGAGAGUGCGCGACUUGUCUGUCCGGGUGGUCUCCGUCGCUGCUGGCUGCGGUUCACUUAUCCGCCGCUGCUGUGUGGUGAUGUUGUGGCAUUCAUUGGGAUGUUUCAAUUUGGUCAGUAGGCCAUUAUUGUUGGUCAGAGGAAGGAGCGGUGGUCUACAUCUGGCCCAACCUGGUGUGCGCGGCGUGGCGGCUCUGUACAAAGGGAGAGACGAUUUGGGGACGGCGUGGCGCUUCUUCGGCUUCGCUCGGUGGCUAUCUUCCAUGUGUCCUGAUGGAUCCGGCAUCCACUACAUGUUUGGUAAUGACGUGAUGUUGAGGUGGCUAGGAGAAGCUCAACAGCCAGAUCAAGGGCUAUCGAGAUGGAUCUGGAAGCCAAGCACUUGUUGGCAUAGAUGCGUGGCACUGCGGCAACUAAUCAAGAGCGAGGGCAGUGCACAUCAGAGCUACGCUGAAUGUAGCGAGCCAACCACGAAUUGGGAUGAAAGUAGCGCCAGCAGAAUCAGUAGGUUGGAUGGGAAGGCGGUUGUUGCCCUUGUCCCUUGGUGCUAGCCUACCGUGGUGGCCUCACUAACUUGCUCAUUGUGAAUACGAGUUCGUGGGGUCGCGAGUUGCUGCAGAUUUGUUUUUAUCACUUUUUACAAUAUUUAUUGAUGUAUCCCUAA